AUGCCUCCCUCUCGUCCUCCCGUGUCGGUCAAAAUGACGUUUUGGAUUGGAUCCUCCAGCGAUGAUGAUGAAGAGCCACGGCAACAGAAAACUUUCUCCCAAGAUCAAGGGACGCAACCUGCUCGCCUAGGAUUGCCACCGGGAGUGGAGCCAACCAAGCCAUCCGCGGGGUCCUACGACUACAGUGGUAUGCACGAUCAUGGGCCAUUGGUGCCACCACGGGAAGGCGGAGAAAUGGCACAACUGAUUGGUUGUGUCCAGGCUGCCAAACAGUACAGCAUUGGCAACAUGACAGAUAAGACUGUUUCCAGAAAGUUCUACGAAGGUACGGGUAGAUUGAUUGCCAUGGAUCGCUAG